AAACGCGACAGUUUGACGCUAGACGGAACGGUACGCACAUCAGACCUGUGGAAGUUCAAACAAGGAAAAUCAAAGAGGACAGCCAUAGACACCAUGGACAAAGUAGCUGUUAAACUGAAAAUAUGUUCGCCACAUCUAACGUGAUUCGCUUGUCUUAAUCUGUUAUAAUCUGCUGCGCAACGGAUUUGGUUUGUCACAGGGGAACCAUGGAGCGCGGAGACCGAACCCCAGAGACCAGCGAACCAAAACCGCCAUCCAAAGCCAAUCAGGAACCCAUACGAUUCGGGAUCGACCGGAUCCUGGGCUCUUUGGAUUCGGAAAGCAGUCGCGCGCACUGCUGUAACACUGUGGAUAACGGAGGUCCGGAUAACAGUCGUUUGGGGAGCCCGAACAAAGCGAGCGUUGCGCCUUAUGCCGCUUUGCCCGUCUCUCUCUCCGGGAUCGCGGGAUUACUGGAGGACUCCGGGCGGAUGUACGGAAUGAGCGGAACUUUGAUGCCCAAUGGGGUGAUUCGGGUUCCGGCGCACAGACCUCUGGCCGCCGCGGUACCGCCGUCCAUGGUAAGCGCAGUACCCACGCUGGGGAGUCUGUGUUUUCCGUGGAUGGACAAUAACCGCAGGUUCUCCAAAGAGAGAUUGCCAGCACUAAUUCCAUUCACGGUGACCCGGCGGAUCGGUCACCCGUAUCAGAACCGAACUCCCCCAAAACGGAAAAAGCCCCGCACGUCGUUUUCUCGCGUUCAGAUCUGUGAGUUGGAGAAGCGCUUUCACCGGCAGAAAUAUCUCGCGAGCGCGGAACGCGCCUCUCUCGCCAAGAGCCUGAAGAUGACGGACGCGCAGGUGAAAACCUGGUUCCAAAACCGCCGGACCAAGUGGAGAAGGCAAACAGCAGAGGAAAGAGAGGCAGGCCGCCAGCAGGCCAAUCGGAUGCUGCUUCAGCUUCAGGCCGACGCCCUCCAGAAGUCCAUGAGCGAAUCGGUGUCCUCAGAUCCUCUGUGUGUGCACAACACCUCUCUCUACGCCCUCCAGAACCUCCAGCCGUGGGCUCAGGAGAGAGCCGCUAAAAUGACCCCAACAACCACCACACUGACUUAAACAGCUUGACGAGCGGAUGCUGGAUUCAGGACACAUUCUCUGACCUUCAGCACGCUCACAACGGGCUGAUAGAUGAUAUCAACAUGAAUCAGACUUUCUGAUCAAACUUUUUUUGAGUCGUGAACAAUCGAAGCACUUUUUGUGAAGAGUGAUGACAACUUAAACCACGUCUAAGAGACUUGCACUUGGUGGAGACAAAAAAAGAAAACCAGACCCCACAGAGCUCCGUGUUUGAUUUUGCCCUAAAAGUAAAACGCAGGCAAAAUAUUCACUGAACUAACCGGCAGUCAGUCAUGUACAAAACAACUCUUCCAACAGAGAGGUCUAAAUAAUGUGAAUAAUGUUAUUUGAUUGAGUUAAAUUACCGUCCAGUGUUUGUCCCUGUUGACCGCCGGAAAGCAAAAGUAAGUAAAACCACCACAGAACCAUCAACUUUACGCAUUGAGUUUUUUUAUUGUUAAAUAGCAGUUUACAACAUUUGAACGAGAGGAUAUUUAAUCUCCCUGUCUGUCUGUCUCUCUGUCACGUGAGAGUUUGUUUGUGUCCUGAUCUUAUUUAAUCACAGAAAAAAAAAGAAACAUUUCUCCUUUCCUCAUUCUAUUCUUGGCACCGUUCAGCAUCCUGAAACUGUUAUUAAAAACAGCUUCUAAUCUCAUCACUUAAAGUAUCAAAUAUAAAUUACGUGAAAUAAAUCAAAUAUCAUAUAUUUGAAACUAAACAUGCUGUACUGGCACAGUGAUCGUUGAAAAACAUUAUUACAUGAUCAAAAAACGACCAAAACAAGCAAUGGGAAUAGUAAUGCUAUGGUAAUAUAGAAACGAGGGACCUCAGGACUGUGAUAAAUCUAACGUUUCAGCAACGUUUCAUCACAAAACUGAUGGCUUUUGAUUCCUGCCACAAAACUCUUUGUGUUUAUUCACAUUUUCAGGAGUUUAUCAGCUACGUCUUAAAGUCAGAACUGGUUUACACACAUCCCCGGUCUUAUUAACACAACCGUUCAUCUCCAAAUAAAGAAAAUGUUUGUCUGCUUCAAACUUGUAAUAACUUUUCCAUGCCUGACAUCAAAUCCUUAAAAUUUCCACUCGUGUCUGUCCAUCAUGCAAUCGAUUUGUGACGGAUGAAAUCAAGUCAAGUCCUAUACUUUUUACUCAAUAAAAAUCCAGUUGUGUUUGGUAAUGACGUAUAAUGGAUUUAAAACGCUAUUUCAUAAACUCUCCUCUGAUUCUUUCCUGUCCCAAGUGAAAUAAUAUCACAGUACGGUGGCAUUAUGGCUGUAAUAAACAGUACUGAGUUUUGGCAAAUCACAGCUUUCACUUACAGUAGUUUAACAAAGAAAUGCAUGAUUUCAAAUAGAUUCGCACAGAGAGACACACACACAGUGAUUGCUGAGGAUUACAGCACCCGUCAGUCAAAAUCCCGAAAUUUGCAGUUUCACAUGCGGGUGAAUCUCACAAAUCCUGUCAGAAACAAAGACAUUAUUGUGACAAUUGAUGACAUGUCAGAAAAUAAAUAAAGCAGAAAAAACGUAUUUAUACAUCAUGGUGUUUUUUUGUUUUGCAUUUUAAACUCACUUAAAAAUAUUGUAUUACGGAUAAAC